AGUAGUUCUCAAAAUGAAAGUAUUCAUUGGCCUGGUUCUGUUGAUGGCUGUCGCUUCGCUGUCAUCUGCUUUAUUCGAAUCUGAAGCAAGGGAAUGUGCUAAAAAACUGGGCAUUACCCCAGAUUACUUUGAAAAUUUUCCGCACAGCAGUCGAGUGAAGUGCUUUUAUCACUGCCAAAUGGAAAAACUUGAAAUAAUUGCCAAUGGUGUGGUAACUCCUUUCGAUUUGAAAGUACUAAACAUAUCACCGGAGAGCUAUGAUAAGUAUGGUGUAAAGGUUAAACCCUGCCUCAGACUAUCGCAUCGCGACAAAUGUGAGCUUGGUUAUUUGGUGUUCCAGUGCUUGAAACGAGAAUUCAACUUGUAAAAUUGUAUCUGAACGUGUUUAAAAUACAUUGAAACAUUAGAUAUAAUA